GCCAUGUCCGGUGGCAAAGAAGCAGGUGGGGUCCACCCCUACCAGUCACAGCAGAGCCAGCAGCACGCUCAGUAUGUGGGGCCCUAUCGGCUGGAGAAGACGCUGGGGAAAGGGCAGACCGGUCUGGUGAAGCUGGGUGUACACUGCAUCACAGGACAGAAAGUUGCAAUUAAGAUUGUGAACCGGGAAAAGCUUUCUGAGUCUGUACUAAUGAAGGUGGAACGGGAAAUUGCCAUUCUGAAGCUGAUUGAACACCCUCACGUACUCAAACUUCAUGAUGUCUACGAGAACAAAAAAUACUUAUACCUAGUCUUGGAACACGUCUCAGGAGGUGAACUUUUCGAUUACUUGGUGAAGAAAGGCCGCCUCACACCCAAGGAAGCCAGGAAGUUUUUCCGACAAAUUGUCUCAGCUUUGGAUUUCUGCCACAGCUAUUCAAUAUGCCACCGGGACUUGAAGCCUGAGAAUUUAUUGCUGGAUGAGAAGAACAACAUUCGGAUUGCAGAUUUCGGCAUGGCCUCCCUGCAGGUCGGAGACAGCCUGCUGGAAACAAGUUGUGGUUCUCCUCACUAUGCAUGUCCAGAGGUGAUCAAGGGGGAGAAGUAUGACGGACGUCGCGCUGACAUGUGGAGUUGUGGUGUCAUCCUCUUUGCCCUCCUGGUGGGGGCACUACCCUUUGAUGAUGACAACCUACGGCAGCUGUUGGAAAAAGUGAAACGUGGGAUUUUUCACAUGCCCCAUUUCAUUCCGCCAGACUGUCAGAAUCUCCUGCGGGGCAUGAUUGAGGUGGAGCCAGAAAAACGUCUCAGUCUGGAGCAGAUUCAGAAACACCCGUGGUUCUUGGGAGGAAAGAAUGAACCAGAGCCCGAACAACCGAUCCCUCGGAAGGUAGCGAUCCGACGGAUUCAGUCAGUCAGUGAGCUGGACCCUGACGUAUUGGAUAGCAUGCACUCGUUGGGCUGUUUCCGUGACAAGAACAAGCUGAAGCAGGAGCUGCAAAAUGAAGGAGAGAACCAGGAGAAAAUGAUUUAUUACCUUCUGCUGGACCGCAAGGAGAGAUACCCCAGCUGUGAGGAUGAGGACCUGCCUCCACGCAAUGAUGUUGACCCUCCUCGGAAGCGAGUUGACUCACCUAUGCUGAACCGACAUGGCAAACGCCGACCUGAGCGGAAGUCCAUGGAAGUCCUGAGUGUCACAGAUGGUGGUUCUCCAGUCCCAGCCCGACGGGCCAUAGAGAUGGCACAACAUAGCCAGAGGUCUCGAUCUGUAAGUGGUGCCUCCACUGGCUUGUCUUCUAGUCCCCUCAGUAGCCCCAGGGUCACUCCCCACCCCUCCCCUCGGGGAAGCCCCCUCCCCACUCCGCUCGGCACUCCUGUUCACACGCCUAAAGAGAGCCCCAGCGGCACUCCCUGCGGGACGCCACCGAGCAGUCCUGGUGUGGCCGGCGUGGCAUGGAAAACUCGCUUGAACUCUAUCAAGAACAGCUUCCUUGGUUCCCCGCGCUUCCAUCGUCGGAAACUGCAAGUUCCCACACCAGAAGAAAUGUCCAGUCUUACACCAGAAUCAUCCCCUGAGCUUGCCAAGAAAUCCUGGUUUGGAAAUUUUAUCAACUUAGACAAAGAAGAACAAAUCUUUGUGGUCAUCAAAGACAAACCCCUGAGUUCCAUCAAGGCUGAUAUUGUACAUGCCUUCCUCUCAAUCCCCAGCCUGAGUCACAGCGUUGUAUCCCAAACAAGCUUUCGGGCCGAAUAUAAAUCAUCGGGCGGCCCCUCCGUCUUCCAGAAACCUGUCAAGUUCCAGGUUGACAUCAGCUACUCCGAGGGGGGAGAGGCGCACAAGGACAGUGGGAUCUACUCAGUCACCUUCACCCUCAUCUCAGGUCCCAGCCGUCGGUUUAAGCGGGUUGUGGAAACGAUUCAGGCACAACUACUCAGCACACAUGACCAGCCUUCUGUGCAAGCCCUUGCAGAUGAAAAGAAUGGGCAGCAGCCCCGUUUCCCAGGCACCCCAACCCGCAGCUGCCAGCCCUCUCGUCGCUCUGAAUCAGACAUCCCAUCCGAACAACAUCGACACGGCUCCAAGGACAAGAAGCUUGUCUCCUCUAAUGGGACUCAAGUCCAGCAACCACAAACUCCAUCCCCGCAGCAGCCAUGACAGAUGGGGCAGAAGAGCAGCACGUGGGCGGCUGGGGGGGAAAAGCAGCUGAAAGAAGCCACAUCCAGCCCCUGGAAAUAGCUAAAGCUGCCCCUAAUGGACAGAAGGAGCCAACCAGCCCCAUGGAUGGGUCAAGGCCCACCAGGGACGCAAGGGACGGGGUGGGAAGAUGGGGACUGGUCCAGAUUUAAUGACCCCACCUCACCCUGGGGCAGAAAGUGGCCAUGUUGGGAGAGGCCCAUACUGUGAACUUGUAAAUAGCUAAUGAAGAACAGAAAACACAACAAAUCCACAAAAGAACAGGAGGUGGGCAGGAAAACACAACAUGGAACUGAAAAGGAAGACAAUGGACUGAAAGUUAAAAAAGGAAAACACACAUGAGGAGGAGAAACCGGGCAGGAGCCGGUGGGGGUGAGGGAUUUAACCUGAUUCCUUUGGUGGGAUGGUGGGGGUCUUUAUUUUCUUGAACCCUUUUGGACUCCCUCCUGACUUCCUUGCCUUGAGACUUAUUUUUCCCCCCUGCUUUUUCUUCUGUAGUAUUUACGGUAUCAUGGUGGCACUAAGCUAAAAUUAUGAGACAGAGCUAGUAGGAAGACGUCCUGUGUAGGAGAAAAAUCAAAGUUUCCAUUCCCAUUUUGUUUUCUUCCUUUUAAUUUUUCCAUUUUAUGUAACCAAUCAAUGUUUUAAAAACAUUUUCAUGAGUUGGGGUGAAAAUAUUUACCAGAAUUCUAAUAAACAUUUUGUUACAAGACGAACUUUGAAAAAUUCUCCCCUAAAUCUGUAUUUUAAAAACGAACCAAAUCUAAAUGUGAAAUAUGGAAUCAAAUUAGAACUUCAAGAUCCAGAAACCCAGACUACGUUGUGCUUAUACUAUAGUUGUUUACUGGGAACUGGCAUUUUGGAAACAUGCUCAAAAGAGAGAUGGGAAAAGUGUGCUGAAUGCCAAGAAUUACCUAAAGCUUCAAUAAUAAAUACAGUACAGUUUCAAAAUGCCGUUUUUGGAAAAUCAGCAAAUAUAACCUGUGCAUGGCCAGGAAUAGUCAAUAGCAUUAAAAAUGAGCCAUCUGAGUUUGCAAACCAAUUGUAGCACAGUGUAGUUAUAUUCUCCAUUCUUACUCCAAGUUGGGUUCUGAACUAAUGUGAAUGCUCUUUAUUCCAAUUAAAUGGAUUUGGG